AAGGUAGUAACUCUCGAACCGCGUUACCACUACUAUCAGCGUAUUUACUUCCUUUCUAAUAUUUCUUUUGCAAGAAAGCGCACGUGUCAAACAAGAUGCAGAAGAAACAAAAGGAACCGAUUCAUUCCGUCCAAGUUUUCGGCCGCAAGAAAAGUGCAACUGCUGUUGCAUAUUGCAAACGUGGUCGUGGAAUUCUUCGUGUCAAUGGAAGACCAUUGGAAUUGGUUGAACCUCGUGUUUUGCAAUACAAAUUGCAAGAACCCAUUCUUCUCCUUGGAAAGGAGAAAUUCGCUGGUGUAGAUAUCAGAGUGCGAGUCAAUGGAGGUGGUCACGUAGCACAAAUUUAUGCCAUACGUCAAGCUAUUUCCAAAGCUCUUGUAGCUUAUUAUCAAAAAUAUGUUGAUGAAGCAAGUAAAAAGGAUAUAAAAGAUAUCCUUAUUCAAUAUGAUCGUACUCUCCUGGUAGCAGAUCCAAGGAGGUGUGAACCAAAAAAGUUUGGUGGUCCGGGAGCAAGAGCACGGUACCAAAAAUCAUACCGUUAAUAUGUUUAUCAUAUUAUAUAAUGUAUAUACCAUCGAAUAAAAAAAAUGAUAAUUUCCACCCACAGAUGUAAUUAUAAA